CGACCUAAAAUCUCGCCGGAAAAUUUCAAACCCGCUGGAAAACCUCGAAAAUCCGACGAUUUUUGCUCAUUUCCUCCACUUCCGACGAGCCAAACCCAAACCCAACACCAGACCCAGUUUCCCCUCAUCAAAAGCGGCCUUCGCUGAGAUUUUGGGGAGAUUUGGAGCAUUUUUCUUCCGGUGAAGUCGCCGACAGCGAGACUCCGAAGAAGCUCUGGAGACCUCCUCCGGUCUGUUUUUGGCCGAUUUUUCACCUUCGUCGCCCUCUCCUCACCUCCCUACCCUUCCUACUUGAGUCUCCAGGUUAGUUUUCCGCUAUACCUUAUUUAUUUUGGGAGAAUCGGAUUAGGUAGUGAAGUGAGGAGAAUUUUGGUGAAUUGAAUGUCGAACUUAGCGUUAGGGUGAGGAAUUAGGCGAAUUAGGGUGAUUGAAUGAUGUUGCUUGAGCUUAGUUGAGCCUUGGUGGGCAUGUUUUGAUUCAAAUUGUUUUUAUUUGUGAAAUUUGCCCACCAAGUGCUAAUUAUUUAAUGAUGAGAAAUGUUUUGCUUGAGUAGUGGUUGGUAGCCACCGUGGCAUGGUUCAGGUUUGAAUUUUUGUGUGGGAUAAUCCGUGACUGCCUAGAACCAUGCCACUCUGUGCUUAUGCUUAAUUGUUUUGAUUAGCAUGGAUCCGUACUAGAAAUAUAAGUGUAUGUGUGGGGGGGGGAUUCCUUUUUCCUCCCAAUGAUUGAGAAUGACAAUAAUUUCCAUGUAUGAUGCAUGUUUGUCGAUUUUGCAGGAUGUUGAACGUGGAGCACGAGUACAUCAGCUACUUGGUGAACCACACUAGUUUCGGGACAAAAUUUGGUUACCAGAGGGACAGCCCGAUCGGGCCACAUUAGCGGUUGGACCUGGACAUGUUGAACUUGUUCAUAUGCUGAGCCGCGAUGUUAGGGGUCGCAUGUUACCCCCAGUGGCGCCAACUGUUUUCUAUGGACGAGCUCAGCUACUACAAGCUCUGCGUGGAGUUCUACUCUACAUUCACCCACGUCGUCCCGACCAGCAAGAAGAGUCGGCCCUACGUGGAGUUUAUGCUGGGCGGUCAGCCACAGGUGCUGACUUAUGAUGCAUUCGCCCAGGCCAUGGGGUUCGAAACGACAUAUAUGAAGACGACGAAGCGCAGUACUCCGUCGACUUUCAUUACCAGGCCGCAUUCCAGACCCUCUACCGCUCCAAGCACAAGCAGGACGAGUUUGAGGCUAGCCGCACCAAUGCGGUGAAGUUGAGGACCCCAUGAAGGAUCAUGCACACGCUGCUCACCCGAGCUGUCGUUCCCAGCUCGCAUUCAGGCCACCUUCUCACUCUCUUUUCGAUGAGGUAUCCAGCAAAGCCGAUAAACCUGAGAUCUCUGAUAGCCACCUCUUUCGCCCGGUGUCUGGGGCGGAACAGGGUGGACACUAUGCAAAUGGGGGGCAUCAUCACCAGGCUGGUCUGACACUUUCAGGUGGAUCUGGAGCGGUGCUUCAUCGUUGGCCGGACAGAUUCCUUCCCAUUGGGGACUCUCUAAAACCAGAAGCUAGUGCUUCAGGGAGAGUGGGGGUAUAAUACCUUGAGGGGCUCCGACCAUCAAGAUUCAUGAGACUGGCAGUUGACCCGGCUCUAGUGGAUCCAGAUGCAGAUGGUCCACCUCCAGAGCAGCCACCUGCUCGAGCUCCCAUCCCCUAGUGAAGAGGAUGGACCGUUUAGAGACCCACGUCGUAGUCGUCACUUCCCGGCUUGACCGGCAUACAGACCUGCUCAAGCGGAUCGCUCGUCGUCAGUGCCUCCUUCCAGAUGAUGAGCCGGCGCCUUCGACCCAGUGAGAGGUAGUCGACGAGUGAGACAUGUGGCAGAGCCAAUACUUUCGCCUCACUUCUCCACUUGGAACUCUGAAUUUGUUAUUUUAUUUUUCUUUCUUUUAUUUAGCAUGUGUGAACAACUACUACUAUCGUAUUGUGUUGUGUAAUAACCUCGCCUCGAGCGAGUAUGUGUUGUGCUUGUGUGUGUGUGUGUGUUUUUUUGUCUUCUCCUUGAAGCUAAACUCUCCUAGCCUAAAAAAAUUCCAACUUUCACUCACCAAGCCAAGAGGUAACAUCGUUCUACCCCUAUCUUACACCAUUGAGGGCAAUGUCGAACUUAAGUGUGUGAGGGGGGGGGGGGGGGGGUAGUUUAUUCUUAUGCUUGUGGGAGUGUGUUCGAUGCUUGGAGCUUUGAUGUAUGCCCAAAUUUGAAAAUUUUGAGGCUCUAAGCAAUGUUUGCAUUAUCGAAGUGGUCGGUUUGUAGAAGAAUCUCAUGUUAAUAGGCAUUGACCUUGAAUUGUUGCAUGUAAUUGAGUAUGUCCUAUGAUGAUGACUGAGAGGUGCAUUAGGAUAAUGCAAAAGUUUAGUUCUCAUGUGUGCAAAAAUGAAUGGAUGUCUUGACUCGAUUACUUGUCGAUUACAAUUGCCAUGCAUUGUGUUUUGUGAAAUUGGAAUGAAUGAUUGGGUAACUAGGUAGCCAUGUGAGUUUUGAGCCGAUCGUUUUAUUUUUGUGUGCUUACAUCCCUCUUACCAUUGCGGGUAACAUCACAGUUAUCACUAGCGAGUAUGAUUGAGGCAUAGGAUUAGUCCACGCCCAAAUGUUGAUUGUCCAUAAAUGCUUUAUCCCCUAGUCAACCCCUUUGAGCCUUGUGACUUUGGGGGUUAUUCUCUUGUAGGAGCUUUUUGCUUGUGAGCUUAAUGGUGUUUGAUGGAACGAUGCCCCCAUCCUUUAUUCGUGUCUAAACGUGACUCGUCCUUGUGUCCCUGAGCUCUAGCUUUUGAGUUCCAUUGAGGUUCUACAUGGAGGAUUGUGUGUGGUUCUUGCUAGGAAUGAAAGAGAAAAGAGUAGCGUUGGAGUGAGUGUUUAAAAAAGAGCAUUGGUUGUU